GAAUAAAAUGCAGCAAAAUAGUAACUGCGCCAUUUGCAGUUAUCCGAUGGCGCGCGGCAAUUGCAGGAUCGUGGGGAAGAAGGGAAUUAGUACACUGAUCACACAGAGCAAACGCGUGGAAGACAAAAAAUGGUUGGAUUGGGAAAAAAAGGAAAAACUGGACUGCCAUGAGAAGUGUAGACUUUCAUACUCGGUCAGUGGAACGUAUACUCAGCAUUUUGCGUUGAAUGCACCAAAUAACAAUGUCGUAGCUGCAAGGGAUGAGGUUCCUGAUUUCCAUUACGCUGAUAAUUGCUUCAUUUGUGGUUUGAGUAUAAUAAAAGAUGCGAAAACAAAAAUCUGUACAGUCACACAAAAGAGACGCGUGAUAACUUGA